AAACUUGUUGAUCAUAUUGUGGGCGAUAUCACCAAUCAUCUGAUUGUUCGACCAUUCGAAAAUCACCUGGUUGAAAUCAUCAAAGCACUGCCAGAGAAUAAAGUUGUGGAAUCAGCGGAGUGCGUGGCCGUGAUGAGCCGUUGGUCACGCUGGGUGCGUGAAAGUCGUUCGGCCGAUGGCAGCAGUUGCAACAUAUUAUUCCAAAGCAAUCAUUAUUCGACAGCCUCGCACUGUGCUCGAAUUAUUCGUGCCCUGUGCACCUUUGGCCGACUCUCGGACACGCUCCAGCGUUUCCUGCUUGGCGCAUCAGCAGUCUUCUCACGUCUGGUGCACACCUCAGCAAGCGUUGUCUGUGUUGCAUUCGAUGGCAAUCAGCUGGGUGAUGAACGAAAUUUGGCACAAUACAUUCACUUGGUUUGGCUUUUUUUGCGUUUUUCAUCCUUUUGGUCACAGAUAUGGUGA